AUGGUGCGCCCGUACCAGCUGCCAAUGGGCAUUGCCCUGACGCUGUUGGCAGCCUCCAAUGUUGCAGCCGUACCCUCCGUCACUGUGGACAUGAAAGCGGCCUUCCCGUCCGGUCCCUACCUUCUCGAGCUGCUAGAGACUGCUGCAGGUGAAAACGCAACAUCUUACUUUCCUCUGCUCGACCGCGUUGCUAGCGGACAUUUCGCCGACUCCAAGACGGACAAGGAUGUUUACGACAAGUUCCUCCAGGUCCUCCGCGACGAUGGACACAUCACCACUCCCGACGCUCUCUCCACCUUCAAGCUGGCUUUGUCUCUGAGAACGGCUGCUCCACGAGUCGAGGCUCACUAUCAAUACUACCGGACCGCUGUCGAGCCAAAGCUCGAGUCUGAUACUCAGGAUGGGUGUGAGGUGUGGGCCGAGUUGGGAGGAAAGCAAUAUUGCACACCGGCCUUGGACGCCCCCAAGGACACCAAGUUGACUGAAGCGAAAGCUUUGCCCUUCGACCGGACUUUGGGUUCAGGAAGCGAAGCCGUUCUCUACGCAGACCCCACGUCACCUGGCUUUGGUGCAUUUCACAGUGCCCUGGCGCAAAAGGCUCGCAAUGGCGAAGUAGAGUACCGCCUGCGUUACACGAAGCCCGCCGGCAGCUACGAGGAGGCGCUUCCUGUGAAUGGUUACGGAGUCGAGCUAGCGUUGAAAAGAACCGACUACAUUGUCAUCGACGAUCGCGAAGCUCAUGGCGGUGACGAUGCUCAGAAAAAGAUCACCUCCGAGGAGGUUCUGGAUGCUGCAGAAGAGGUGACGGAUCUCAAGCCUCUCCCAAAGUCGGAGCUGGAACAGCUAGGUCUCAAGGCGGCUUCGUUCGUAAUGCAGAACCAGAACCCAUUCGAGGCUCUCCUCAAGCUCACUCAGGACUUCCCCAAGUUCUCCACCUCAAUCGCCGCUCACAAUGUAUCGGAGAAGUUCCUGGCCGAGCACCAACUUAACCGCCAACAGCUGGUGCCAAGCGGUAUGAAUGUGCUUUGGAUCAACGGAGUCCAGCUCAUCGAGCGCCAAAUCGAGGCCUUCACCUUGGUCGAUAUCCUUCGCCGCGAGCGCAAGCUUAUUGAUGGCGUUCGGGAUCUGGGCUUCUCGGGAGGACAGGCUGUUGCGCUCCUUGGUCAUCCCAAGGUCGCCGAGUCCAAGGCUGACGAUGAGCCCCCGCGUUUUGACUGGACAGAUGACAUUGAAGAGGGGAAGGUUAUAAUCUUCCUCAACGACCUGGAGAAGGAUGAGCAAUACGCGAACUACCCUACGGAAUUGAUGUCGCUCCUCCAGCGCGUCUACCCCGGCCAGCUUCCUCCUAUCCGCCGAGACAUCUUCAAUCUCAUCGUUCCUGUCGAUUUCUCCAAGAUCGAAGAUCUCAGUGUGGUAUCCCAGCUCAACACCUUCGUAAAGCGCAAGCUUCCCCUGCGGUUCGGUCUGGUUCCUCUGACUCCCACAGAGGAGUCUGUCGGUGUUGCCAAGAUUCUCUACUAUCUCCUUGACAGCUAUGGCAUGGAAGCCUUUGUUGACUACUUGGAUGCUGCUUUGCAAGACUCCAAGACAGACAAGGCGGAUGCAGCCUGCUUUGAGAAGGCCAUCAAGGACCGGGAACUUCUGCCCGAGGCUACCGCUGUUGCGUUCGAGGAUGUUCUGCAAUCAGAGGGUGCCCAGCAGGUGAUCAAGCUUGCGCAGCAAUGGGCCAAGAGAUUGAACGCUAACACCCCAAUUCCACCGGUCUUUAUUGACGGUGUACCUGUGCCGCGUGAAGGCAACUGGCUCCAAGCCAUGAGCGUCAAGGCUGCCAACGACUUGCAGACCAUCCAAAGGGCUGUCUACAUGGGUAUGGUUGACGAAGAGAUGUGGAUUCCUGACUUCUUCAUUGAGAAGGCACUGAAGCGACGCAACACAUACAUCUACCCGGAAAACGACAAGUCCCUGAAGAUCUUGGAUGUCAACAAGAUCUACACCGACCAUGAUGACUUGUUCAGCAAGGUUCCAGUCAUUGAAGCCUACGCUGACUCCACAAAGGAGAACUGGGCAGUGUUGACUGUUGUUGCUGACCUCACAACUGACGCUGGAGCUGAUCUUCUCCUUUCUGCCUUAGCGUUCCGUCGCAACAACCCCGGAGUUCGCCUGGAUGUAGUCCACAACCCGAAGAACCCUGCCUCGGCCUCUUCUGUCAACAAAGCAUUGAAGAGCAGCGACAAGCUUGCUGAAGCUGAGACUAUUGCCGAUAUCAAGACGAUCUCUGAGGCAGCUGACAGCGACUCUGAUGCGAUCUAUGCUGCAGCCCUCAAUGAUUUCCACUCUUUUGCUGCCAUUAAGCCUGGGUCAAACCUGCUCAUUCUCAACGGCCGCGUCGUUGGUCCCUUCGCCGCCGAGGAGCCUUUUGAGGCUGAUGACUUCCAAUACCUGCUCGAGUUCGAACAAAAGGCUCGCAUUCUUCCCGUGUACUCUGCUGUUGAUGAACUCGGCUUGACCGACAAGAUUGCGGGACCUCUAGCGGCUGCUAAGAUCACCUCUGUUACCGCCCUCUCUAGCAUGUCUGACUUGCCUGAGGACAUCUUCGAAACUGCGCCAUCUGUUCGUGUCAGUGCCUACGACACCUGGAACUCGACAUACACCGCCAUCGAGAUCGGUAACCCGGAGACCUCGAGCAUCCAUCUGGUCGGUCUUCUGAACCCUGCCAGCGAGCAAGCCCAGAGAUGGGCCCCCAUCCUGAAGGUCCUUUCCGAGCUUCAGGGAGUCUAUCUGAAGCUUUUCCUCAACCCGAAGGAUAAGAUCGACGAACUUCCCGUCAAGAGAUUCUUCCGCUAUGUCCUCGACUCCGAGCCGACUUUUGACGAGACCGGUAAGGUGCGCGCCCUCGAAGCCUCCUUCAAGGGUCUUCCUUCCGAAGCCUUGCUGAAUGCUGGCAUGGACGUGCCUCCAUCUUGGCUCGUCGCCCCCAAGGUCUCGGUUCACGACCCUGACAACAUCAAGCUCAGCUCCAUCAAGGCCAACGUCCACGCCUCCUACGAGCUUGAGAGCAUUCUUAUCGAGGGUCACUCGCGCGAGGGCAAAGCUACCCAACCUCCUCGCGGUGCCCAGCUCGUACUUGGCACCGAGAAGGAGCCUCACUUCGCAGACACGAUCGCCAUGGCCAACUUGGGUUAUUUCCAGUUCAAAGCCAACCCGGGCUUUUACAAUAUCCAGCUCAAGCAGGGUAGAAGCUCCGAAAUCUACACCAUUGACAGCAUUGGCGCGAAGGGAUGGAACCCCGUCCCCGGUGACGAGGGCACCGAGGUAGUCCUCAUGGAUUUCCAGGGAACCACGCUCUACCCUCGCUUGUCUCGCAAGCCAGGCCACGAGGAGUCGGACGUCCUCUUUGUGGAGGAAGACAACAGCCUUGUCGGUCGCGGUCUGAAGUUUGCAGGAGGCAUCCUGGGCAAGAAGACCAAGUCUAUCUCAGACGAGGAGCACGCGGAGAUUAACAUCUUCUCCGUCGCAAGCGGUCACCUUUAUGAGCGCAUGCUCAACAUCAUGAUGGUCUCCGUGAUGAAGAACACCAAGCACACAGUCAAGUUCUGGUUCAUUGAGCAAUUCCUCUCUCCCUCCUUCAAAGAUUUCAUUCCCCACCUGGCUGAAGAGUAUGGCUUCAAGUACGAGAUGGUAACAUUCAAAUGGCCUCACUGGCUCCGCCAACAAAAGGAAAAGCAGCGCGAGAUCUGGGGCUACAAGAUCCUCUUCCUCGACGUGCUCUUCCCCCUCUCCCUCGACAAGGUUAUCUUCGUCGACGCAGACCAAAUCGUCCGCACCGACAUGAUCAACCUCGUCAACCACGACCUCGAAGGCAAACCCUACGGCUUCACACCCAUGUGCGACUCCCGCACCGAGAUGGAAGGCUUCCGCUUCUGGAAGCAGGGCUACUGGGCUAACUACCUCCGUGGCCAACCGUACCACAUCUCCGCCCUCUACGUCGUCGACCUCCGCCGCUUCCGCGAGCUCGCCGCCGGAGACCGCCUGCGCCAGACAUACCACUCCCUCAGCGCCGACCCCAACUCCCUCGCAAACCUGGACCAGGACCUGCCGAACCAUAUGCAGUUCCAGAUCCCCAUCCACAGCCUGCCGCAGGAGUGGCUGUGGUGUGAGACGUGGUGCUCCGACGAGUCCCAGCGCGAGGCCAAGACGAUUGACUUGUGCAACAACCCGCAGACCAAAGAGCCCAAGCUCGACCGCGCUCGUCGCCAGGUUCCCGAGUGGACUGUGUACGAUGAUGAGAUUGCGGCGUUGGACCGCAAGCGCAAGGGUCUGCCAGCCGAGGCGCCCAAGAAGGAGGAUACCAAGGUCGAGAGCGACAAGACGGUAGAGGAGAAGAACACCAAGAGCCGAAACUGGGAGGAGCCGCCGUCCGAGAAGACGCAUGUGAUAGAUGAGCUAUAG